AUGUCAACGCCUCAGGUAGUUCGUGUGGCGAUAUCGCCAGUGGUCACCUCCACGCCGGCCAGCUACAAACGCAGAGUCGUACCUUCUGCUGAGGCGUAUGCUUCCAAGCGAAGCCUCAUUCUGACAACUCCUACCAAGCGUCCGGCCAAGCAAGGCAAUCAACUUUCCGUUGAGCGGUUCUACCCGAAGAACCUCUUUCUUCGCGAUACCGCCAACAUCGUUGAAGAAUUCGUCCAUGGCCAUGCGGCGCCUGCACGGGAAGACGAGAACAAGGCAGCAUGGCAUGUGAGGCAUGUUCUGCUCCCUAUGAACUUGCGGGACCCAGGCACAGACAUCUUUCACGGAGAGGCUCGUGAUCUUUUAUAUAGCCUUUUCCCCGGUACUCAAAAUGUCACGGAGCCUCCUAGCAUGUCCUAUCUUCUGUUCCAAGUCAAAGAACUGCCCAAGAAGCCAUGGCCACUGACAAUUGGAGGCCGCCCAUUCGUCAUAGCUGAUGAAACUCAGCAAGGCCGUGUCACACUAUUCCCAAGAUUGAACCUGGGAAACAUCCAGAUAUCUAUCUGCAAUGGAAGAUUCAACGCCCAAGCUCCGAUGACUAAUGAGAUAUUGCGCCAGAUAGCUGCCGAGACCGAUAAGUACUUCGAGAAGAACAUCCCCAAACUCGAAUUCAUCGAACUUAUGUUCACUUCUGACCGAAACUUCUACGUGGUUGUCGCAGACCAUGCUGACAUCAACUCUCUUAGGCCUCUGCUUCCUGGCAAGAUCGCCGGUUGUCCUGCUGGGUACUUGCGCGAUCAUGAGCUUCAUCGGCCCCCGUGGACGGACCGCAAGCCUAAGCGGCCCAUCGCGCCGCAACCAGUGUCAGGUGUGGUCGACAGGACCGCAUACGACACCCUCCGCCCUGGCGUUAUGAUUAGUAGCUCGAAGCUGGUUGAACACGGCCACCCUUCGGAGUUAUCGACGAGUUCAGGCGUUCUUGUCAAGGACCAUCACGGAAACCAGUUCAUGACGGCUACCUCUCACGGCAUCGGACAGAAUACCACGGUGUUCCAGACGGGCCGACCAGAGCGUACCAUUGGAAAGGCGGCCAUCGACGUCGCAUUCACUGACAUUGCAUUGGUUGAUCUCGCAAGGGAUGUCGUAUUUGAGAACGAGACUUUUGAGAGUAAUGGCACCGCUCCCAAGUUGACACGCCUCGCCAAAUCAACAGACCCUGUCCGAAUGGGCCACGACUGUUAUCUCAACAGCCCAUAUACAGGCCACCUGGACGGCAUCAUCAUGAUGAAGUCUGUGAAGCUGGAAGCGGCUGUGAGCUUUGAGGCCCAAAAGAGAUAUAUAAUCUACAACUGGGCGUGGAUGGGCCAGGGAGGCACACGCAUCCCUGAUGGUACAUGUGGCUCAGCAAUCUGGGAUAGUGACGGUGUAGUGCUGGGAUUCUUCCAUUUCUAUAUCGAGCAAGGUCCCUGGGCCGGCCACGCUGCUUCCGUCAGUGCAAGCGAACUGGAAGCGAAUGAGUCUGAGAGGAGAGCCGGGUGGGUCUUGGCAGUUUGA